CCCCUAGGAUUAAGCCUUCACAGCCCUGGAAAUACGUAGUCAAUCUACGAGAGCAGAAAUUGGAGAAGUAAGAAAAAUACAGGAAAAUAAUGCAUUAGAAAUGGCCGAACAAUGCGAUCUAAAAGCCAUGAACAUCGAAACUCGCGGGAACACCAUGCCAUUGCCACCCAAUCUGACAAGUGUUUGGUCACGUCAGUGCCUCGUCAAAAACAAACUUUGCCUUCAAUCAGACACACCAAUCACCGCCAUUACACACACAAUUUCCCCGCCCAACACAAUACUCCUUGUAAUACUAAAUUCCAUUCACUUCUUUGACAUCCCUUUUCAUUAUCAUGUACAUGGUUUCGAUUCUGGAGUUCUGAAUUUUCCUGUUUUUUGCUGAAGUUCGAUUCAUAAAUGGCGGAAUCUAUCGAUUCUUAGUUUUGCUGCUAUAUUCCCGAUUUUUGAAGGAGGCUUUGAAUUCUUUUAUAUUGGGAUCGGGGAGGAAUUAAAAAAAGCUUCUGUAAGUUCCUAUCACCUUCAUUGAUCCGAAAGGAAGCAAGUUUGGCCUGUUUUUCUAUGGUAAGCAAUAUCAUGUUUCUGUAAUAUUCACUUGUUUUUCAUUUGAUUCCUCUUCUUUUUAAUUCGUAUAUAAGAUGAGCACUAUUGUUUACAUAUGCCGUUUUGAUAGAGCCUCCUUGUUCUAGUCUUAGACCAAAAUGGAGCAAUUUCGGCAGAUAGGGGAGGCUUUAGGAAGUUUGAAGGCAUUAAUGGUUUUUCGUGACAACAUCCAAAUUAACCAGAGGCAAUGCAUUUUGUUGCUAGAUAUUUUUUAUUCUGCAUACAAAUCGAUAGCAGAUGAAAUGAAAGAUAACCUGAAAUUCGAAGAGAGGAACUUGAAAUGGAAAGUUCUUGAAAUGCCAUUGAGAGAGCUCCACAGGAUUUUCAAAGAAGGGGAAGCCUACAUCAAGGAAAGCUUGGAAUCUAAAGACUGGUGGGUUAAAGCCAUAACUCUCUAUCAGAAUACUGACUGCGUCGAGUUGCAUAUCAGUAACUUGCUUUCCUGCAUUCCGGUUGUCAUUGAAGCAAUCGAAUCUGCAGCCCAACUGUCCGGUUGGGAACAAGAUGAAAUGCAAAAGAAAAAACGGGUGUACUCCAAUAAGUACCAUAAAGAAUGGAUUGAUCCUGAACUUUUCCAAUGGAAAUUUGCAAAGCAGUAUCUUGUUACUCAAGAUUUUUGCAAUAGGAUUGACAAUGUCUGGAAAGAAGAUAGAUGGAUCCUUAAAAACAAAAUCCAAGAAAAGGAAAACUCAAGGUUGAGAAAGCAGGAGAGAAAACUUGCAGAUUUGCUUUUGAGAAACUUAGAUAGUUCAAAAUCUUUAAAAGAUAAGCUUUUACCGAGUUCGAUUCUAUUGGGGUGGAAGGACUAUCAGGUUAGACGGCGGCUCGGUAAUGGGAGUCAAUACAAGGAGGUUUACUGGUUAGGUGAAAGCUUUAUUCUGAGACACAUAAUUGGAGAUGUAGAAGCAGUAGCUUCUGAUAUUUCUUCAUUAUUAUCUCUUUCCCACCCAAACAUACUGCAUUUCCUUUGUGGAUUCACUGAUGAAGAAAAGAAGGAAUGCCUUUUGGUCAUGGAACUAGCGCAUAAAAGCCUCUGCGACUGCAUAAAAGAAACUUGCGGCCCAAGAAAGCGAACAUCGUUUUGUCUUCCGGUCACUGUUGAUCUAAUGCUUCAGAUUGCAAGGGGAAUGGAAUAUCUACACUCAAAUAAAAUCUACCAUGGUGACUUAAAUCCUUCCAGCAUUUAUGUUAAGCUGAGAGGAACAUCUUCGGAAGGGUACAUGCAGGUGAAAGUUUCAGGAUUUGGCUUGUCUUCAAUACCUCAGAGGGGAGCAGCGAACCAGAAUGAAACACAGUCAUUCAUUUGGCAUGCACCAGAGGUUCUAGAGGAGCAAGAACAGUCAGGAAGUAAAGUGAAAUUAAAGUUCACUGGAAAAGCAGAUGUGUAUAGCUUUGGAAUGAUUUGCUUUCAGCUUCUUACUGGAAAAGUCCCAUUCGAAGAUGGCCAUCUUCAAGGGGACAAAAUGAGCCGAAACAUAAGAGCAGGGGAGAGGCCACUGUUUCCUUUCAAGCCACCAAAAUCUAUAACAAGCUUGAUCAAGAGAUGUUGGCAUGCUGAUCCGGAUCUAAGGCCUAGCUUCCUAUCCAUCUGCAGAAUUCUUCGGUAUAAACGGUCACUUCUAAUGAACCCUGAUUAUAACAGUCAGUCGGAGUUACCGGCAGCUUUGGAUUACUGUGACAUUGAUAUGAGGCUUCAACAUAUUCCCACAUGGGAAACUCCCAAUUCAUUAUCCACAUCACAAAUCCCUUUUCAGAUGUUUGUUUAUAGAGUAUUGGAAAAGGACAAAACAGGAGUUCCUCUCAAAGACACUUCGGAAUCGGGAAGCGACAGAAAUUCGGCUAGUGGCGAUGAAAAUGUCACUACUGAUGAGCUAUACACAUCAGCAACUGACAGGUCCAUGCCUUCACCUGAACCACUGCCUAGGAUAAAUACUACAAUGAAGAAAUCUGCAGAUAUUAGAACAAAACAUCCAGUGACACCUAAAGCAAGAUCAACAAGACCUCCAAUGAAUCAGCGUGUCCGCAGUUUCAGAAUGAGUUCAGAAAGCCAGCUGCUCCUAGUGAGCCCCAGACUACGGAGAUCAUCAUCCGGCCAUGUCUCAGACUCUGAGCUCUCCUAGCCUUUCUCAACAUGUUGAUUGCUUAGACACAGAAACAAUGUUUGAUCUAGUUUGCAGUGAUGAAAUGCUUUGCCAGAUCAACAAUUACAGGGAAAGAAAAGUUCAACUGAAGAUGAAACAGAGUGGAAAAAUAGUAUUCAAACAGACAAUCCUCGGAACAAGUGCUCAGAGCUAAUCGAGUUUUCAAAGUUUUAA